AUGAAGGGGCUGAGUCAGCAGAUCAAGAAGCUUGCGGGCGAGCAGAAGGCGUUGCGCAAGCAACUGAGGGAGCACGCCCAGAAGGUAAUUGAUUCCAAGUUUGACGAUAAGCUGUUGGAUGCGCUCGAGGAGCUGGAAAAGAAAGAAGUGGAGAUGGAGACCCAGCACAUCGCUCUUCGCCGCUCCUGGCUCGACGCGACACAGAAAGAGAGACGAGAGCGUCUCCAGGAAUCGCAGAGCAAGUUGAGCAAGAGCGGCGGCCUGGCGAGUAGUAGGUCCAUCUUCUCCAAUUCGGUGGCUCCGCGGCAGCUCGACGAGCUCAGCACUCGCGUAUUCGGUAAGAGCUCGCGCGCUGCACUCAAGGGUCCCAACCCCUUCCUCGAGGAGCAACAACAAGCAGGUGGCGCUGAGCUGGACCACGACAUCUCGACUUGGGAGCUCAGGAGCGAAGAAAUCGCCUUCGGAACGAACAAGCUCGGCGAGGGAUCGUUCGGUUCCGUCACGGAAGGCAAGCUUCGCGGCAAAUCGGUGGCCAUCAAGACUAUCACGCCGAAGUAUGACGCAGAUGAGAUCAACUCAAUUCUGGAUGAUUUCAGAAAUGAGUGCGCUGUUAUGAGCAAGCUCUUGCACCCCAACGUGCUGCUGCUGAUGGGCGUCUGCAUCGAUCGCAAGGCCCAGAGCGAUCAGCUCAAACUCAUCAUGGUCACUGAGCUUAUGGCACGAGGUAGCGUGUUCGAUCUUUUGCACAAGGAUGCGAAGCGGAAGAUCGUUUUCAAGCAGAGGAUGAAGUUUGCCAAAGAUGCUUGCCUGGGCAUGAAUUGGCUUCAUCUGUCCAAUCCUCCUAUCCUGCAUCUCGACCUUAAGACCGCAAAUCUGCUGGUGGAUCAAAAUUGGGUGGCGAAGGUGUCGGAUUUCGGUCUUUCAAGAGUGAAGAAGGCGGACAAGAACAAGGGCGCCACCGGUUCGCCCGUGUACAUGGCGCCUGAGGUUUUGGCGGACAAGGCCUACGACGAAAAGGCCGACGUCUUCAGUUUUGCUGUCGUGCUGUGGGAGCUAGUGACCAACAAGAAGCCCUACGAGGAGGAGCAGUUCGAGUCCUUGGACGAAAUCUACGACCACGUGGUGAUCGAUGGCGCUCGACCCAAGAUUCCCGCUGAGCCCACGUUCCAGAGCAUCAUCGACUCACACCUGCUUGAUGAAGUGAUCGUCGACGCCAUCAUCAGCAACACCAACCAAGACGCCCGUGCCUUCUGGAAGAAGUGCUUCACCGAAAAGGACGAAAUCCUCGAGGCCGUGAAGUGGAAGACUUUCAUUCGAGAGCUGGUCACUUUCUGCAAGAUCGAGUUCCCCCAGGGUUCUGUCAUUGACGACCAAAUUGAAGUCAAGUCGCUCAAGCUGGUGCUAGCGAACAAGGAGGACGUGGUGACGAUCGAAAAUUUCAGCAGAGCGCUGGAGUGGUUUGGACCCUUUACGCUCGAUCGUCAGUUCAUGGACAACGUGCAGGACACCAUCUCCAUCAGCGGUUUCUUUGGCGACAUCUCCAGCCAAGAGGCCGAGCAGAUCAUGGCCGGCAAGAAAGCGGGCCAGUACAUGGUCAGGUUCAGCACGCAGCAGCCCGGUUUCUACACCAUCACCGCCAUGUCCGAAGAGAACGCGCUGAAGCACUACCGCAUCAAGCACAAGGCCGGCUUGGGCUUCCUCUUGGGCAAUGCGGAGUACCCAUCUCUCCCGAAGCUCAUCAAGGCCAACAGGAAGGAGCUCUACCUGAAGCGUGCGGUCAAGGGCUCCAAGUACUCGCAGUUGUUCGUGGCGCACGAGGAGAAGAACGAGUCCGCCUACAUCGAGAUGAUGGUGUAA